GGCCAGCGCGCUGAGUCCGGUCGGCAUAAAGUGAAGCGCGGCGACCAGCUCGCGAGCAAAUGCAGCCGUGCCUGCAUGUCGUGUCAGUGAAAAGAACAUUCAGGAAACACUUUCAUGAUAAUUGACUGUUUUCCAAGCUGUUGGCCGCGUGCGUGCGUUUACACGCCGCCGCCGCCGCUGCCACCUACCGGUCGCCCACCUGCUGCUGGCGGCGCUGCUGGUGGCGCUGCUGGCGGCGCUGCUGGUGGCGCUGCUGGUGGCGCUGCUGGCGGGGGGGCUGGCGAGCAGCAGCGGCCGGGACACUUGAAGCCACCAGUAGGCAGUAGCGCCGCCUGGCAGCCUUCCCAUGCAUCUGCGGCCAGCGGCCCUGCAGGCCGUGAUAGCGGCAAUUCAGGAGGGUCGGAGGUGUUCGUGCAUGGGAUGACAAAACUUGCGGGGUGAGGGGGGGGCAGGAGCAAUCAAAAUUGGACCAAGGUUGAUGAGUGGGGAAUGACAACAAGUUGCGGGGUUAGGGCGGUGCAAGGGGCAAUCAAAUGUGGACGAAGGUUGUGUGGGGAUGACGAAAGUUGCGGGGUGAGGGGGGGGGGCAGGAGCAAUCAAAAUUGGACCAAGGUUGAUGAGUGGGGAAUGACAACAAGUUGCGGGGUUAGGGCGGUGCAAGGGGCAAUCAAAUGUGGACGAAGGUUGUGUGGGGAUGACGAAAGUUGCGGGGUGAGGGGGGGGCAGGAGCAAUCAAAAUUGGACCAAGGUUGAUGAGUGGGGAUGACAACAAGUUGCGGGGUUAGGGCGGUGCAAGGGGCAAUCAAUGUGGACGAAGGUUGUGUGGGGAUGACGCCCGUCUCUGUCUCCUUCACUCCCUGCUACUGUUCGGUUAGUGGCACUAACCGAACAGGCUCAGGCCCAACUACCGAACCGGACCCUGCUCUAGCUCGCUCCCAGCUCGCCCCACUAUCAGCCGCUGUACCCGAUCGCUGCCAGACACUACACAUAUGCAACCCGGCGCAGAGGCUCUUCACUGGCGUACGCUAUGCGGGUUGGGGUACUCUUGACCCUAGUGUGGGCAGGGGCCUUGGCUAUCACUGGCGGGCUGCGGGUAACGGCUCAGGACUUACGGGGAUAGGUCGGGGGCAACAGGCACAGCGGUGUGGGGUAGGGGAGAGAUAGGGAGAGGGGAGAGCCUGGGGCUCGGGGAACCGGAAUAGGUGAGAGAUACGGUAGUAAGGGGAGGGGGAAGGGGGCUUCGAACGGGUAAUUGGUCGUGCCGGGAGGCACCCUGUCGGGGAUGGGAAAGGCUAGCCUAGACUUGCGCGAGCGGGCGACUUCGCGCCGUGCACAAGGGGCCGCGAUACAAGGGAUCGUUCUAUGUCACAAUACUAGAGACUGGUACUUAAGGAGUCUUGUUGAGAUUGACUCCUAUGAUUGCUCGGGUAGUUGGUGUGAGGAGUUGGGAGGAGUGACCGCG